GCGCGGGCACUUAAGAUGGCGGCGCAAGGCGCUCGUCUGCCCAGGACAAAGAUGGCGGCGAAGCCCCGCGCCCUCAAGCUCAAUGGCGCCUUCGGAGCCGAAUGGCAAAGGAAACAGGUAGUGGCCGGGUUUAAUCGCCUUCGCCAGGAGCAACGAGGUCUCGCCUCAAAGGCGGCUGAGCUGGAGAUGGAGCUGAACGAACACAAACUAGUGAUUGAGACACUCCGAGAAGUGGACCCGACCAGGAAGUGCUAUCGGAUGGUGGGUGGCGUGCUGGCGGAGCGGACGGUGAAGGAGGUCCUCCCGGCCUUGGAAAACAACAAAGAGCAGAUCAACAAGAUCAUCGAGACGCUGAGCCAGCAGCUGCAGACGAAAGGUCGGGAGCUGAACGAAUUCCGGGAAAAACACAACAUCCGCCUGAUGGGCGAGGAUGAUCAGAAGGCGCCUGCCAAGGAGAACGCCGAGGCGGCCGGAGCCAAAGCCAGUUCGGCCGGGGUCUUGGUCUCCUAGUGAGCGGAGGGGCCUUCCGUUCUCCACCCCCGUCCCCCACGCUGGACUUUAAAACCUCUCGUUCCACGGUUGCAGUUCCAGGCCUUGAAGGCUUAACCUUAUCUUUAUUUUGGCGUUAUCCCUGGUUAAUAUUUUUUUUGUUAAGUAAAAGUUUUCUCUGUGACACA